UUCUUUGAUCCCUGCUGAAUGUACUGUGUCUGAAGCUGAAGGAAGAGUGAAGUGGGAAUAUGUUUCGUCGACGGAUUCCUUUUCAUCAGAUAGCCAUGGCUACCAUACUGGGAGUUGCAGGAGGUCUUUAUAUCUACAAACCUGUUUUCGAGACCCCUAACACAAACUUGAACUCGCCAAGGCAGAACAAAAAGGUGGAUGGCAAAGAAGACACGGAUGUGAAAAAUGAAACUGUUUAAAAUCACUGUGGAUUCUUAAAACAGUUGAAAUAGUCAACUGAGUGUCAUAUCUCUGAUCAUGUGCAGUUCUGCUGUUCUGUUCUUUAAAGAAAUGCCUUAAAUAUAGUACCACUACAUGAAUUUAAAGAGAGGUGUCAGCAAGAAAGUAGUAGGUGGCAUGUUCUGAUAAAACUUUCUUUUGGUUAUAAAUUUGGGUCAUUUGACAUUUUUGCAGUUUUUUCUCUUAAGUUAUUGGUUUUGGGAAGAGUUGUUUAUAUUGCGAAUAGGGAAUACAAUAAUUUAUGCACAAUGUAGACUAUUAUGGCACAUUUGAAUUAUUAUUCUCCAGGUAUACAGUAUUUGCCAGUCUCUAAUAUUCUAUCAUCCAUGAAUCCAGGGAAAACUGCACUGUAUUUUGUAGUGGCUUCUUCAUUUUUUCACAAUCUAAAUGUUAAUUGUUCAGCUGUUCCAUGACUUCCCUGAACUUUUUUUUUUUCUCCAUCCAUUAUUGUUUCACCCAUAUGUCAAAAACUGAUGACAACCUUGAAAUGAAGUACAUUAUGUGAAUUAA